AUGGCAAUGAAAGAAUGUCUUUCAGCUUUAGUGUUGUGGAUCCUUCUCACCAUUCAGGUUUCCCAAGGGGGUGAUGAAUUGAAGCUGGUAAAUGGAACUGGCCCAUGCUCUGGGAGAGUGGAAGUAAAACACGAGGAUCAGUGGGGAACUGUGUGUGAUGGUGACUGGAAUAGAGAAGAUGCUGAGGUUGUUUGCAAGCAAGUAGGAUGUGGAUCUGCUGUUCAGGCCCUUAACAGAGCUCCUUUUGGAGAAGGAUCUGGACCUACAUGGUUGUAUCGAGUAGAGUGCCGUGGUAAUGAAUCUGCUCUCUGGAACUGCCCACAUACAGGCUGGGGUGGCUUUACCUGCCCUCAUUAUUUUGAUGUUGGAGUCAUCUGCUCAGGUUUCUCAGGUCUGCGUCUGUCUGGAGGAGGCACUGCUUGCUCAGGACACCUGAAAAUAAAGCGAGAAGAAACUUGGACUACAGUCUGUUACUCAUACAUUAAUUUCAAUGCUGCCUCUGUUAUAUGCAAUGAGCUAAGGUGUGGCCAGGCUGUGGAUGUCUCGAGAGGAGUUCACUUUAGAGACAGACGUGAAUUGCUUUGGCAAGAAGAGUUCCACUGUGUGGGGAAUGAGACUCACCUUGCACACUGUCCCAGGAUGUUACAUCGUAGUAAGGCAUGCUCUCAUGAUGCUUAUGUUCUAUGUUCAGGCUAUGGUGGAUACAGGUUGGCAAAUGGCAGUACCGCAUGUUCAGGGAGAGUUGAGCUUCUUCAUGGAGGCUCAUGGGGAACACUCUGUGACUACUUGUGGAAUUUUCCAGCUGCCAAUGAUCUCUGCCAGCAUCUGGACUGUGGAGUUGCACUAUCAGUACCAGAUGGAAAAUCUUUUGGAAAAGGAAAUGGGUCUUUCUGGAACGGUACUUUCAGCUGUAAGAAGAAUGGCUCGUACUCCAGAGACUGUUCUGUGAGUGUACUAGACCAGAACAAAUGCCCUGCUGGAAAUGUUGCUCGUGUGGUGUGCUCAGGGUGCCCAGGGUACAGAUUAGUGAAUGGCACCACAUGCUCUGGCAGAGUGGAAAUCCGCCAUGGAGAUACAUGGGGAAGACUCUGCCGCUCCCACUGGAAUUUGCAGGCUGCCAACGUUCUCUGCUAUCAGCUGAACUGUGGCUAUGCAAAGUCAAUCCAGACAGGAGACAGUUUUGUGGAUGGGAAUGGGCCUGUAUGGAGAGAUGCUUUUCACUGUAACGGGACAGAGUCCUGCCUGUGGGAUUGUGCUCAAGUGACUUUGGGCAAUCCAACCUGUUCAGCCAAAGAAGUAGCCACUGUUGUUUGCUCAGGUCUUGCUGAAUCACUCAGACUCUCAGAUGGUCAGAGCCGCUGUGAUGGGCGUGUUGAAAUCUCCCUCGGUGACAUGUGGGGCAGAGUCCUAGAUGACGACUGGAACAUGAAUGAUGCUCAUGUGGUAUGCAGACAGCUUCAGUGUGGAAUAGCCAAGAGAGCCUAUUACCUUCCAAGAUCUGAACGAGGCAUCGGUCCUGUGGGCUUAAGAAGUGUCCAGUGUGAUGGAAAUGAGACUCAGCUAAUGCUCUGCAAGACCUCCCAUUCUCAGGUGCUGUCAGCAGGAGUUGCUGAAGAUGUUGGUGUGAUUUGCUCUGAGAGCCGGCAGAUCAGGCUGGUGAAUGGAACAAAACGCUGUGCUGGGAGAGUGGAGCUUUAUCAUGAUGGUGUCUGGGGCACUAUCUGUGAUGAUAACUGGGAUCUAUCAGAUGCAAAUGUUGUUUGCAGACAGCUGGGAUGUGGAUAUGCCAUCAAGGCAUUAGACUCUGCUCAUUAUGGAGAAGGCUCAGGGCAAAUCUGGCUGGAUGAUGUGAACUGCACUGGGUCUGAAUCCAAUCUCUGGGCAUGUCCCUCUAGGGCAUGUGGUCUUCACAAUUGCCAACACAAAGAGGAUGCUGGAGUCCUAUGCUCAGAGUUCCUGGCUCUGAGGCUGAUGAAUGGCAGUGACUGUGCUGGACGGUUAGAAGUUUUCUACAAUGGGACAUGGGGUAGCAUUUGCUCCAACCGUAUGUCUCAACUCACUGCAAUAACUGUAUGCAAACACUUGGACUGUGGAGAUGGUGGGGAAAUUGAAAGAGAUUUCAAAUACGGCAGAGGUUCUGGGCCCACGUGGCUGGAUCACAUUGAGUGCACUGAGCAACACAGCUCUCUCUGGCAAUGUCAGUCAGACCCCUGGAAUCCUCAGUCAUGUGGUACCCGAGCAGAAGAGACCCAUAUUUCUUGCGCUGGAAGAAAAAAAACAGUGACUCCAGCCACAUUUACUGAGUGUCCAAACUCUACAAGCUGCUCAGACAGGGAGAAGUUACGUGUUGUAGGAGGAGAGGAUGAGUGCUCAGGAAGAGUAGAGAUUUGGAAUCAGGGUUCCUGGGGAACAGUCUGUGAUGAUUCCUGGGAUGUGGCUGAUGCUAAUGUUGUAUGCAGGCAGCUGGGCUGUGGUUCUGCUGUGUCUGCUCUAAGUGAAGCUGCCUUUGGGAAGGGGACAGGUCCCAUCUGGCUGGAGAAGGUCCACUGUAAAGGAACAGAACUGUCACUCUGGGAUUGUCCUUCCAAGCCUUUGCUUGGCAAAAACUGUGAUCACAAGGAGGAUGCUGCUGUGGUUUGCUCAGGUGCGACAGAAACAACAGCAUCUCCCACUAGAGCAGCUUCACCCCGCCGCCCGGAGGCAAACAACACGAGAGUUUCAGCGCCUGUCAUCCUCUGCAUUAUCCUGGGAGCCCUUCUCUGCCUGAUUCUUGCUAUUUUCGCUGGACAGAUCCAAAGAGCCCGGGCACAGCAGAGAGGCUCCAGGCUAUCCUAUGACUCCUUCAAUGAGGCUGUCUAUGAGGAAAUUGAUUAUAAAGUGAUGAAGGAACAGCAAGGGAUGUCCGGCCUCUCAGAGGCUUCCACAAAUGAACAGUUCUAUGGUGGAGACAAUGAUGAAGGAAAUGGUCCCGGAGCAACUCAAGAAGUCUUACCAUUGCCCAAAAACAACCUGGACGGUGGUUAUGAUGAUGUAACAGAUGCUCCUGGACCUGAAGAUGCUUCUCUUUCUGGGCAGAAUAAGCAAGAAGUCAUUGGGGUCUCAGAAGAAUGUGACAGAAACAAGGAUUCAUGGAAAGACCGGAGCCCUAAUGUGUCAAGACACAGAACAUCUGAAGCUCAGAGAGAUUUAUCCCCUGCUCUUGAAGACACGGGGUAUGAUGACAUCGAAGAGCUGGGACAAUGAUGGACACUGCUGAGCAGUACUGAACAGUUUAGGAAUACAUCCCUGUUCAAAAAAUGCUAAUUGGAGGACCAGAAAAGCUUGCAUUUAUGAUUAGCUUUCAUAAGUUUGGUUUAUUUGCAGAGAAGUAUUAACAUACAUAGAAGAAAUACAAACAUAAUUGUGACAGUUUCUCAAACUUCCCUUGACUGCUUGGACAAUUUUGCUUUCUUUCUUUUUCUAUACUCAGGUAAUUUUUCAACAUAUGGUGUUUUCUUAUUAAAAACUGUUUAAAAAGAUCUCUUCACAAAGGUAUGUUUCUGUCAGGGCUUUAUGAUUUUUGUUUUCGGCGUUCCACAUCAUAACAUCAUGUAGCGCACGGGGAGUUAAAGAGUUCAUGCUCCAGUUCCAUGCAGCAUCGAUAUUUCCAGGUACCUGGUUCUCAGAAGAGAAGAACUACAAAUCCCAGAAGACUUUCACUGUUCUGUUUCCAUUUUCCAUUUAGAGGGAAAGAUAAAACCUCACACAAGUCACAAGAUGCUCCCUUUCUUUUACUUCUCAGUGUGUGCUCCCAAGCCAUCUCACCUCCUGCAUUAGAGUAAGACCUUCAAUUUUGGGCACUCUCUCAUUUAAUUUGAUUUAUUAGCUUCAGUUCCAAUUAUAUUGUAUUAUAUUAUCUCAUAUUCCACUCUCAUAUUUAAUGAAUUGUUUUUCACCCUUAGCUCGUUGCUGCUGUUUUGUUUUAGGUCCAUCUCCCUACCCUUUCCCCUACCCCCUUCCCCCUCUCCUGGAAAACUGGUCGGUGGGUCCCUCCAUCCCUUUAGUCACAGAUCUGGGCCAAACCAGCCCUAAACCUUUUAUAGUUUCUCCCCCAAAUCCACAGAACUGGAGAUUACUAGGAAUGGGAAACGAACUGCAAGAAAACUACUGAUGCUGCGUAAACUCCUUCUGUAUCAGAAUACAGUUGUUGUGAAGAGUUAGGAAGGGAAUAAUAACCUCUUUUUGUCACAUGCACACACACAAAACAAUCAGUUACUUCUUUCAAAUAGAAAUGCAAACUGCCCGAGGGAGAGCCGCUCAGUGCCGGUACGUACUCUCCGUCGGCUCCAACAGGAGAACCGGCACCGCUCUUUCGGGUAACCAUGCCGGAAUGAAUAAGGCAGCUCCCCUGUGUCCUCCCCAGGAGUUUCCUCUCCUCCCACCUCAUCUCCCUCCCCACCAGGGCCGACUUACGUGAGCGGAAGGGCCUCCCCAUCAGCGCCCGCCUGCCCGGGCUGGGGUGCGCUGGGUAGUGGGGGCGUGUCGACACGGCACCGCAGGGAACGGGAA